CGCACACAGAGCACCACACCACCGCCACGCCGCCUCCUGCCCCUGCACAACCGCUGCCUCCGCUGCCCACCACGGCUGCUUCCUCUCCCCACCGCCGUUUUCAAAAAUCAAACCGAAACGGCGAAACCCCCACAUCCUCCAUCGGCGAGAGAGGGGAUAGCCUGAGCAGCGGUUGCGGUUUCCCUCUCCGUCGCUCUCGCCGCCCGCCGCCGCCGGUGUGUCCGGAGCGGAAGGCACGGGCCAGCGGCGAGCUCCUCUGCUCCGGCCCCCUUCACCCCCAACCGGCGGCCCCCCUUUGUCAGGUCGCCAAUCCACUUCGCCCUCCCACCCUUUUGCCCCCCGAUCGAUCUCCUUUCUCGCUAAGCAAACCCUCUUCUUAACCCCCCCGCCCGGCGCCGGGAGAAAGCUCCCCGCUUUUCGUCCAGGCAUCCUUCCGCCACUUGGCUUUGCUGCUUGCUACUCCUGCGCUGCUACCCGUACAGUCUCUGUGUUAGAGGACGGCGCAGGAGUCAAGAUUCCUUCUUUGCCCGCCCUGGUUGGUAGUGGCGUCGGCGGUGGAGGCUCGGUGUGUGGGAAGUGAAGUGAGGGAUCCGAGAUUCUUUUUUGUUCUCGGCGAUUCUCUUUCCCGACCGACGGUUGAAGUGGCGGCGGUGGCGGGGGAGAGCAGCCGCCGGUGCCUGGCCUUGGAGCGGCCCCGGUCCGUCUAUGGAACUUGCUGUCCUGGCGCCACGCCCCGGCCCGGAACCGAAGUGCGCUGCAAGGCGCUGCCUGCCUGCACCUCUGACGCUGCUGGUUCCUACUGUGGCAGUCUCCUGCUUGGUUCUUGCUCCUCGCUGAGGGAUUGCAGGACUGCGACGAUGGUGCCGCGGACGUUGCUGCUUCUGUGCUUCUGCCUCCUGGUGUUCCCGUCACCUGGUCCGCUAGCGGUUGAAGCUUUUGUCGGGGGUUACGGGAUAAACUACGGGAGAAUUGCAAACAACAUCCCUUCCCCGGAUAAAGUGGUGGAGCUCCUGAGGAAGUCAAAGAUAAGGAAUGUCAAGAUAUAUGAUUCGGAUCACAGCGUUCUCGAUGCGUUCAAAGGGUCCGGUCUCAACCUGGUCAUUGCAAUCCCCAAUGAGCUCGUCAAGGAUAUGGCUGCAAAUGAGAGCAGGUCGAUGGACUGGCUGAAUCAGAAUGUGAAGCCUUAUCUCCCUCAGACGCGCAUUGUUGGGAUCACUGUUGGGAAUGAGGUUCUGGGAGGCCAAGAUCAGAGCUUGUACCAGCCGCUUGUUGAUGCUGUGAAGAAUGUGUAUAGUGGACUUAAGAGGCUCCACUUGGAGAAAGAAAUUGAGCUUUUCACACCUCAUUCAGAAGCUGUUUUUGCUACUUCUUAUCCACCCUCAGCGUGUGUCUUCAAGGAAGAACUCAUGCCAUACAUGAAACCUCUCUUGGACUUCUUUGCAAUGAUUCACUCGCCUUUCUAUGUCAACGCGUACCCCUUUUUGGCUUACAUAAGUGAUCCAGAACAUAUUGAUAUCAAUUAUGCUCUGUUCAAACCCAACAAUGGAAUCGUUGAUCCAAAUACCAGCCUGCACUAUGACAACAUGUUUGAUGCUCAGAUAGAUGCAGCUUAUGCUGCUCUACAUGCUGCUGGGUAUGAUGACAUGGAGGUUCGGGUGGCAGAGACUGGGUGGGCUUCUAGUGGAGAUCAAAAUGAAGCAGGAGCUUCAUCUGAGAAUGCAAGGACAUAUAAUUUCAAUCUCCGCAAAAGGCUCUUCCUGAGGAAGGGAACUCCUCUGAAGCCAAAGAGGCCAGUGAAAGCUUAUAUAUUUGCUUUGUUUAAUGAGAAUCAGAAGCCUGGACCUGGCUCCGAGAGGCAUUAUGGGCUGUUCCUUCCUGAUGGAAGGAUUUCAUAUGACAUUGGUGUCUCAGGUCUGCUACCUUCAUCUGCAUCCUCAUCCAUGCUGUCCAUGAAGAAAAUUCGAGCUGGGGGUUGGAUUUUACACUAUUUGGCUACAGUUCUUCUAUCUAUUUUCAUUUUUUGGCCAUAGUGAAUUGAGGAAGGCAUAGGACAUCUGUAGUAAAGGUGAUUUUAUUUAUGUGGGAUGUGCAUCAAACAGCCAGGCGACAAGAUUAACAAAUCAUUGUUCUUUCUUCCCCUGUAAGCAUUGUAUCUUGACUUAUCAGUUACCAUUAGACACUCAAAGCAGAUGCUGACGGAAGAUCAGCAUUCUUUCUUGUGGGUAUGAUGAAGGAUUGCACGUGCACCUAUCCUGUGAUCUGUUCAAAGAAAGUCUUGAGAAGCUGUAGUCCUCACAGAAUAUAUAUGUAGAUAUCAGAUGGUCGAAGGAUAUGAUAUGUAAUAUUGGUGCCUCUUGUUAAGCUUUGCUGAGUGGUUCCAUCCAUUGACUGAAGCUCUAACCUACUGUUAAGCUUUGAUGAGUGGACCCAUCCACUGAUGGAGGCUUUACAGAGUGAUACAUAUCCUUGCUAAUAAUCAUGUAUUACUUUGCGUUGUCAUCUUUGUAAAGAAAGGAGUUGGUGCAGAACAAGUAUAUAUGGUCAUUCUUUUA